AUGUCAACGUCGACGCAAGAGGUGGAGCAGAUGGACUGGAUGGACGGCGACGGCGAUGCCGUGGCGGCGUCGCCUCGGGCACGGACGUCGUCGCGGUACAAGGGCGUGGUGCCGCAGCCCAACGGGCGGUGGGGCGCGCAGAUCUACGAGCGCCAUGCGCGCGCCUGGCUCGGCACGUUCGCCGACGAGGCGAUGGCCGCGCGCGCCUACGAUGUGGCCGCGCUCCGCUUCCGCGGCCGCGGCCGCGCCGUCAACUUUCUCGGCAGCCCCGCCGGCAUGGCCAAGAUAGCGUUCCUCGCCGUGCAGCCCAAGGCCGAGAUGGUCCCCCGGGUGGCGCUGUUCGAGAAGGCGGUGACGUCGAGCGACGUCGGCCGGUUCAACCGGCUGUGGUGGUGCCCAAGCUGCAAGCCGAGAAGCACUUCCCACCGCUCGACGAGGCGGCGCCUCCCGUCCUGCUCGUCUUCGAGGACGUCGCCGGUGGGAAGAUAA